AUGUCUCAACGAAAGCCGGUGUCACUUUACAAAAUGAAAGACAAAAUGGAUCCAUCAGGAGAAUGUUCUUUCAUCAACAAAGGAUUGCAAAAGCAAAUGCGUCAGCCAGGGAGCGAACAAACACAAACCCACCCUGUAUCAAAUUUCGAGCAACAGAAAUAUUUUUUUCAACGUCAACAACGCAGGAAUUUUGAAACGAAUUCCUUUCAGCAGCAGUUGAAAGCUGAUAAGUUUAAUGAAAAAAAUAAAACUCAAGAAUAUUGGAAAACGAUGUCAAAUUUAAACAAAGCAAAUCCUAUGAUGGAUGCCCAAAAGAAAAAAAUUCACAACACGCCACUUCCAAAUAUUUCUUUUGAGUAUCAAAAUUUAUAUUUCAAUGAAAAUAAAUCGGAAACAGAAUCUGAGAAUGACAAUAAUGAUAGCUUAUAUGCUGAUGACAAGGAUGAGAUAGAAACAUUCGGAGAAUCUGAAUAUGAUGGUAACGAUGACAUGCGUGCAUCGAUCAGAACACUUCAUAGAGGACUAAAGAACAUUACACGAAAUUAUGUAAGAAUGUUGGACUCGCAAGUUGAUAACGCUAUGAGUAAAAUUUUGAUAUCAGAAAGAAAGAAAUCUUCGGUGGCGAAAAAUUGUCAGAAACAAGAUAAACGGUCAGUUAAUCCAACUUCGACAGUUGAAGUUUAUACAAAAAUGGAAUCGAUGCGAAAGGAAUGUUACAAGAAAAUUCAAGCAAGUCUUGAAAGAUUGCAACAUAUUGACAAUGUCACUGACGAACUUUUUCACAACCAUGUUGAAAACAAAAUGAAGGAAAAAUAA